AUGGGUUCAUUACCAGGGAAACCUGAACCAAACCCAAAGGAAUUCAUCAAUGUCAUAAUGCUGAGAAGUGGUAAGCAACUACCUACUAAUGAGCGCAAGAGGGACAUUGAGCCUAAAGGAAGGGGGGAAGUGGUUGAGAUUGAGGAUGAGGAUGAGUUGAUAUUGAAAUAUUUAGGUAAAGACAUUGAAGCUGAAGAUGUUGUGGUUGACAAAGGAAAGAGUAAAGUGGUUGAGGAACCAAAGCAAGACAAGGCCAUUGAUGAAGAUUACAAGAAAAGUAAAGGUGUUGCCAAAGAAACUCUAUUUGUGCCUCCACCAUAUGAACCAAGAUUGUCAUUUCCUGGUAGGUUUAAGAAGCAACAAGUGGACAAGUAUAGAGAUAUGUUUGAUGCAAAAAUGAAAGAUGUUGCUAUUACAAUGCCUAUCAUAGAUGAAUUCUUGCCGAACCCAUCAUACAACAAGUUCCUCAAGGAUGCAGUUUUGGAGAAGAAGGAAGCUCUACAAGGAAUGAUUAUCUUAACUCAUGAGUGCAGUGCUAUUAUUCAAAACAAGUUAGUAGCAAAAAAGCUUGAAGAUCCUGGUAGCUUCACUCUCCCUUGUACAUUGGGACCUCUAUCUUUUAGCCAUUGUUUAUGUGAUCUGGGGUCUAGUGUGAGCUUGAUGCCUCUCUCAGUUGCCAAAGGACUAGGUUUCUCUCACUACAAGAAGUGUUUGAUCACCCUUGUUCUUGCUGAUAGGUCAGUUAGAACACCAGUUGGAGUGCUUGAAGAUCUACCAGUCAUGAUUGGCCAUUUUGAGAUCCCAACUGACUUUGUUGUGCUUGAAAUGGAUGAAGAACCAAAAGAUCCACUCAUCUUGGGGAGACCAUUCCUAAGAACUGCAGGAACAAUGAUUGAUGUGAAAGGUGGGAAGAUUCAAUUGAAUUUGGGCAAGGAAGCCUUGACUUUUGACAUCAACAAAGUGAUGAGGAAGCCUACAAUCGAUGGUCAAGUGGGUGGAAGCCAUUGCUAG